AUGUCUACGUUUUCGAAAUCAGGGUUCAAAUCACUCAAUUACAAUUCAUUUCGGCCACAGUAUCCUCCACCCUUCUACCAACUUUUGCUCGACUACACAGGUAAAACGAGAAUUCCUCAUGCCAUUGACUUAGGAUGUGGGACAGGCGUGGCUUCAUUCCCGUUGUUGAACUUCUGUGACAAAGUUGUGGGCUUAGACUUGUCUCCUCUGAUGAUUUCUGGUGCAAACAAACUUAAGCAGAAUCGGUUGCAAGAAAUGGGCAUAACAGACGAAUCUCGCAUCAAUUUCGAGGUGGCCGCUGUUGAAGAAUACAAAGCUCCACCCGAAAGCUCAGAUUUGAUUGUAGCCGCAGAGUGUAUUCAUUGGUUCAAAGACUACGAUACAUUUUUCACUGCUGCCGCAAAGCAGUUACGUCCGGGUGCGACACUCGCUUACUGGUAUUAUGUGGACCCGUUGAUUGUAGACUUCAAUGGACCCUCGUCCCUGAAUUUGUCGAAACAGGACAUAUUGAUCAACGUUAUGGAUGCUUACGAUCUUAUGGUCUACAGGGAUGAGUCGCUUCUCGGCCCUCAUUGGGAACAGCCUGGUCGCUCGAUUUUGCAAGGUUUCCUAACUGAGGUGGACAAACAUAUCCCUCGAGAAUUAUUCACAGACAUCAAGAUUCGAAAAUACAUGCCUGGCUCCUUGAAUACCUACCGGAAUGAUGAUUUACAACUAGUUCGUAAGGACAUUUCCCUUCUCGACUACACAAAGUACAUCUCGACCUAUAGCUCUUACCAUAACUAUGAUGAGGCCACCGGCAAAGGAGAGGAGCUUUUGGACAACUUCUUGAGGAAGCUUGAAAAUGAAUUUGGCUGGGACAGAAACAAUACAACAUUGACUCUUGAGUGGUACGCGGGAUACACGUUUAUGAAGAAAAGGUAA